GAGGUAGCCGUCGGCGGGCACGCACACGCUCGCUUACCAGCACUGAAAUCGGAUAUAUAUAUCACUAUGGACAAAUUGUGCAGUGCAGGAGAGCAUGGCGCUUGGACAGUCCGUUCAAACCACAGGCCUAUCUUGGGCGAGGAAGAGCAUGACGCCUUGGUGGCUUGGCUUGGGGACGAAGCAUCUAGUGGGCCGCAGGUGCUGGCGUGUGGAUCGGUGGUCGUCAAAGGCACCCCUAUGCAGCUUCCUGAAAUUCUCUUUGGAAAUAACGCUCUGGAGUUCCGUCACCAAGAAUCUGGGUUCAUUCUUCAAUUUGAAUCAAGGGCUGCCUUGAAGAAGUGGGUGGAGCUGUUCGCUGAGGGCGCCUUCGAGGUUAUUAAGGUCCGAGAAGCGCAGAAGUGGCAAACGCGUACUGGCACACCUAUCAGAAAACAGGAGUACGACUGGACGUGGGGAACAGACUACGCCGGCUCGUGCCGUCGACAGGAUGUGGGUGUUGAGUACAGCGAGAGUGGAGACAUUCUGCAACCCCUCACAAGGACGGGCAAGGAUACGGAGACGCCGGUAGAAUGGGUGGCAUGCGAGCCGGGUGGAAUCAAUCGUCAGAUGCUUCUUGACCAGAGCAGCCCGAUAUUGAUGUACGACGACGUCGUGCUUUUUGAAGACUUCAUCCAUGAUCACGGAGUAGUGCGAUUGAGUGUCAAGACAAGAGUGAUGCCUGGAUUCUGGUUUGUUCUGCUGCGUUACUGGCUGCGAGUGGAUGGCGUGGUGAUGAAGGUGUUUGAUACGCGCUGCUUUCACAAAUUCGGCGAACUGAGCGUGUUUCGCGAGCGCACACAACACUCUGUCAGUUUCACGUCCCUGGAACAGCGUGGGUUGUCGACGGACCCAUCGGCCUACCCAAACGCUGAGUCGGCCUUGCCGGUCCUCGACUUGUCAUCAGGUCCUCUGAAUGAUUGUACGACCUUGCUCCCAGACCAGGCCAAGAUCGGCUAG